AUGGUGCAAGUGGAAAUUUUAGAUGGGAUCUUAGAAGGAGAAAGAGUUAUAAAUGAAUAUGGUGGAUCAUUUUACAGUUUUAGAGGUAUCCCAUAUGCAAAACCUCCAAUUGGUGAAUUAAGGUUUAUGGCACCUCAACCUGUGGAACCAUGGCAAGGUGUGCGAAAUGCAAAAGAAGAGGGUCCAGUAUGUAUUCAGUAUGAUAGUUAUAUCACAAACCAAUAUUGUGGACAAGAAGAUUGUUUAUAUCUAAAUGUUUAUUCACCUGAUCUAAAACCGAAUCAAUCUUUACCAGUUAUGGUCUGGAUUCAUGGCGGCGGAUUCACUUGUGGUAGUGGAAAUUUCUAUGAGCCUGAAUUUCUUAUUAAAAAGGAUGUAGUACUUGUUACAUUUAACUACAGGCUAGAAGUACUCGGCUUUCUUUGCUUAAAUACUGAAGAAAUUCCAGGCAACGCUGGUAUGAAAGAUCAAGUGGCGGCAUUAAGGUGGGUCCAAAAAAAUAUAAAAUAUUUCGGAGGGGAUCCAAGCAAUGUAACGAUAUUUGGAGAAAGUGCUGGAGCAGGGAGUGUUUCAUACCAUUUAGUAUCCCCGAUGAGUGUCGGCCUAUUUAAAAGAGCCAUAUUACAAAGUGGGGCAAUUACCAAUGCUUGGAGUAGAUGUGAACGUCCUCGUGAUAGGGCACUCAAUCUUGCAAGGAAAUUGGGAUUUUAUUCAGAAAAUGAUAUCGAACUUGCAGCAUUUUUCAAAUCUGUACCUGUUGAAUCCCUUGUCAAAAUUAACCUACCAGUUACCCUUGCUGAAAAUUUCGAAACUAAACUUAAUGUUUGGUUUUCAAUCGUUAAUGAAAAAAAAUUCGAGAAUUGUGAGAGAUUCUUCUUUGAAGAUGAACUACAAAACAAAAUGCCUGAAAUUCAUAAAAAUAUUGAAAUAAUAAUUGGUUACACUGAACAUGAAGGUAUUUUGGCCUUAAAUGCUGGAUUCAAUCUUGAUGAAAUUAUCGAACAGUCUAAUAAUUUCGCAGACUAUUUCGUACCUAGUUCUAUUAGGUACAAAGCUAGUCUUCAUGAUCAAUUAGACUUAGGCAAUAGAAUUAAAAAAUACUAUUUUAAAGAUGAUAUAGUAUCGAUGAAAAAUAUAAAACAAUUACUGAAUUAUUUCUCAGCAAACUUUUUUGUCUAUGGAAUUAUUGCAUUGGCCAGGGCAAUUGCUAAAAGUAACCAAAAUAAACUUUACUUAUAUAAGUUUACCUGUAAAACAAAAAGAAAUAUAUUUGCUGAAAAAUUGGGCACACUAAAUUUUUUGGGAACAGAUGAGACUUUUGUAUGUCAUGGGGAUGAUAUUGCUUAUCUUUUCCCUUUGUCAAUUAUUUCAGAAAAGGUUAACGAAAAUUCUAUUGAACAGGACACGAUUGAGACAGUUACUAAUUUAUGGACAAAUUUUGCUAAAUACGGGAGUCCAACACCUAACAAUGAUACAGGAGUAGAAUGGCGUCCUUUCACUAUUGAGGAGCAAGAUUAUUUAAACAUUGGUAACACACUGGCCAAAGAGAACCAUCCCGAAAGAGAUGAAGUUUUGUUUUGGGAUACAAUUUAUAAUCGAUUUUUCCCUCAUUACACAGAGUUUGAG